GAUGACUGCUCAGAAGAACCAGAGAAAGGAGUACCUGUGCGUGAAGGAUCUGGAGAAAGUUCUGGACUCCUGCACUCUGGAGCUGAACCAGAUUGACGAGGUCUGGCCAAACCUGUACAUCGGAAAUGUGAGAAUUGCCCAGAACAGGGCGGCUCUGCAGCGCCUGGGGAUCACCCACAUCCUGAACGCUGCGCACUCCAAGCGCGGCAGCAUCGGGGACCAGAACUUCUACGGCACCAGCUUUGUUUACUGCGGAAUUCCAGCAGAGGACUCGUCUUACUUUGACCUGGACAUCUACUUCAGACCAGCGGCUGAGUUUAUCCACAAAGGCCUGAAAACGCCUGACGGGAAGGUGCUGGUACACUGCAUUAUGGGUAUGAGCCGUUCAUCCACGCUGGUGCUGGCGUAUCUGAUGCUGUAUCACCACAUACCGCUCCGCUCAGCCAUCCAGCGCCUCAUUCGCAAACGAGCCAUCUACCCCAACAGGAACUUCCUGGCUCUGCUUCUGGACCUGGACCUGCAGCUGAAGAGGAAACGAAAAACCUGCAUACUGCUGUAAACAAACAAACAAACAAACAAACAAACAAACAAACAAACAAACCAACAACAGACUGCAUCUGCCCUGUUCGUAAGCGCUCAGUGUUUACAGAUCAGAGAUCAUGAAAAGAGGACGUGAGACUCUAGAAGAGCCACUCAGAACUCCACCAAUAAGAUAAAGGCCUGAGCCAAUAGAACGGCAGCGUUCAAACUCAUCUGAGCCAAUAGGAGAGCAGGAUUAAAACACAGUAAAUCAGA